AGAAAAACUCGGAGACCUGAGCAGCUCGCGCACAUAUUCAGAACCAUGGGAAAGAUCUACCAGGUCGUAGUGAUUGGAUUCAGAGGGGAGAAAAUGGUAAUAGACCUGAGCAAUACGGAAGAACAAAUGAACAGUAUGACAGUACUGCAACUGAAAAAUAAAAUUUCUGAAAGACUCCCGGGGAACUCAGGGGACAAUCUGGAGACCCUGCGACUGAUCUUCACAGAUAAGCAGCUGGAGGACUCAUCCGUGCUCUCCUCAUAUGGGAUCCAGAACCAGUCUGUCAUUCAGCUAGUGAUGAGGGUGCCUGGAGGAUGGGGACAUUGACGAAUGGACAGAAGAGAGCAUCUCUGCCUGCAUUUUGACGUCUUUUUAAUACUGUAGGCUUGUAAUAUUAAUCUCACUGCCAAUCCCAUUGCCAAAGCACACGAAGGAGCGGAUGUUGAUAAAUGUAUGGCCUCUUUUUUAACCAAAAUAUAAACAACAUGUGGCCAGAAAGCAUUUUUGUUUAUUCUCUGAACCUGUACCAGAACUUCUCAACUAUAUUUUCUUUUUAUCUGUGACUUUACUGUAGGGAAGUCUUCAACAACAACAAUAAAUUAAUGUUCUCCAAAUUCUGAACUCUUUCUGUGACUCAUUCAUUUGGAAAAAUAACAGUUACAGUAUCCAUAUUUAAAUAUUUUGGUUGACUAUUUAUUCAUUUAUUUUCGUCCAUGCAGAGAAUUAAUGCAGAAGCAUAAAUGUGUGUCCAAGUGUGAUUAGAAACACUAGUUGGGCCGCCUGAAACCUAACUGUAAUUAUUCAAUAAACGAUUAAAACAUUGCAUUAUCUGA